GUUCUUUUAUCAUUAUUAUUUCUCCUCUAUCCAUCACAAGCCCUCAUGAACCUGGCCGCCUAACCACUCCCCACCAAUGGUUAACUAGGAGCCGUGAUUCGGCGAUGCAAGCAAAAGGAGAUCGGAGGCUAUUUUACUUACUUAAGGUUCGCAGCAGCAGCAGCAGCAGCAGAGCAGAGCAGGACGGCGAUCAUGGUGGGAGAAUCGGAGGGGAAGCUGGUGUUCAUGGGAGAAUUGAGGGUGCUGAAGCCAUUGGGGCACCUGCUGAUGGGGCUUGUGCUGUACUGGGUCGCCGAGGAGAUGACGGUGCCAGUGCUCGUCGAUGUCACCACCGCCGCGCUCUGCCCCGGCGACGGCACCUCCUCCUGCCCGGAAGCCAUCUACCUCACCGGCCUCCACCAAACGGUGGGAGGGAUUUUCAGGGCGGUGGGAUUCACUCUCAUGGGGCAGCUCGCUGACGAGUACGGCCGGAAGCCUCUCCUCCUCGUCGCCGCUGGCGCCUCCAUUAUCCCAUUCAGUGUGCUUGCUCUGAGCAGCACCAAGGUCGCCGUGUACGCGUACCUUGUUCUGCGUACAUUCUCCUUCAUGAUCGGCCAAGGCACCAUAACCUGCCUCGCAUUGGCGUACACGGCUGAUUUGGUUGAACCGUCUAAGCGAGCGUUUGCAUUUGGCUGCAUGACCGGUAUCCUGUCGGCUUCACACUCCCUGGGAAAUGUCUUCUCCAGGUUCCUGCCCGAGCAGUGGAUUUUUCAGGUCUCGGUUCUUCUGUUGAUCUGUUCUGUGCUCUACAUGAAAAUGUGUCUGGUCGAGACACUUCAGAAAGCUCCCUCUAGUUCGUGUCGGCGUUCGUCAUUGUCGUCUUUGAUUGUCGGUUUACCGCGGCAACGUUGGGAGUCUAUCAAGGAGAAUAUUAGCAUGAUCAAAAUGAAUGACACAUUCAGGCGAAUUACGUAUAUUUCCUUCUUCUAUGAGUUGGGCAUGAUUGGCAUUAGCGAUGUCCUGCUGUAUUACCUGAAGCUAGUAUUUGGUUUUGACAAGAAUCAGUUCUCUGAGAUUCUAAUGGUGGUUGGAAUUGGUUCAAUCUUUUCUCAGAUUUUCGUACUCCCAGUUCUUAUCCAUGCAAUUGGCGAAAAAGGAGUCUUAUGCAUUUCAAUACUUGCAUCGGUUGCAUAUGCUUUGCUGUACGGUUUGGCAUGGAGUUGGUGGGUUCCAUACUUUGCUUCAUCACUGGGUGUCAUCUAUGUCCUGGUCAAACCGGCUACUUAUGCAAUUAUCUCUAGGGAAGUUAUCUCAGCUGACCAGGGAAAGGCACAGGGAUUCAAUGCAACAGUUAAAUCCGCAGCUAUACUGAUGGCACCACUGUUCAUGAGUCCCCUAACCUCCUACUUUAUUUCAGAUGAAGCACCCUUCAACUGCAAAGGUUUCAGUUUCCUUAUCGCGGGUUUCUUCUUGGCAAUAUCCUUGUACUUUGCUUGGAUGCUUGAUCCGGAAAGCAAGGACAAAUGUACCGGAGUUGCAGCGUCCGGCCAGCUUGAUCAGGAAGCAGUGCAAGCACCACUGCUGGCUCAACCAUGACGAAGGCCUAAGGAAUUGUACAUCUGAAGAAAGUUUGUUUGCAAUUCCAGGUGCUAAAUAGAAAAGCCUGCAGCAAUGGCCAGCGUGACUCCGUUAGCUCCAGAUUAGUAGUGAUGAUCUCCCCUGCCUGCCUCUUCCUUAAUCCUAGGUAUUUACCCCUGUUGUCGGUUUUUUGACACUUCAUGUUCUGAAUGAUUUCAUUCUAGUUUUAUUCAGUUUCUCCUUGCCAGCUAGUAGAUUUUAUACCUGGUUUGUACAGUUUUUACUCUGUCUUAGCUUGCACAGAGAUUACAGGGGGUCACUAUUGACCUUAGUAUAUUACCAUGUGUGUAAUUAAUUAUUCUGAACCCAAUGUACAAAAUUGUAAUGUACGCAAUUUUUGUAAGAUAUGAUUGAGUAUAACAGAUUGCAAUGUACAAUGAGAA